AUGGAUGACAUUGCAAGGACUUUGAGCUUAUCUAUUGGGACAGCACACAAAAUUGUCCAUGAUGACCUUGGCUACUCGAAGGUCAGCUGCCGGUGGGUGCCAAAGAUGCUUACUGCAGAGGACAAACAGAGGAGGGUCAAGUUGUCCCAACAGUGUCUCUCCCGCUAUGAGAAGGAUGGUGAUGAGUUUCUGAAGAAGGUGGUCACAUUUUCAUUCAUUCUUUUCUUGUGUUUUUUCUGCUUCAUUCUUUCUUUUCUUGUUUUUUUUUAUCUCCCUCAUUCAUUCUUUUUACGCUUUUUUUCUUUUUAUUCUUAUGCUUCAUUCAUUCUUUACUUAUCUUUUUUCUUCCACUUUAUUCAUUCUUUUUUACGCUUUUCUUCUGUAACAUUCCUUCUUUACUUAUGUUUUUCUUCUUCUGCCUCAUUCAUUUGUUUUCUUGUCUUUCUGCUUCUGCCUCAUUCAUUCUUUUCUUAUAUUUCUUCUUCUGAUUCAUUCAUACAUUUCGUUUUUUUUAUUCUGUUUCAUUCAUUCUUUUCUUGUUUUUCUUCUUCUUCUUUGCUAUUGGCCUUUUCUUAUACUUCAUUCUUAUGUUUUUUCUUCUAUUUUAUUUAUUUCUUUGUUACGUUUCUUCUUUUGCUUCAUUCAUUUUUUAUGUUUCUACUUCUACCUCAUUCAUUCUUUUUUUUACGAUUUUCUUCUGUAACAAUCUUUCUUUUCUUAUAUUUUUCUUUUUCUGCUUCAUUCAUUCUUCUGCUUUCCUUAAGCUUUCUCAUCUUUCUUCUUUGCUUUUUCUUUUUUUAUCCAAUAGACAAUCGGAUUGCACAACCUGAAAGCUAA